CUGCCACUACUACUGCAACUCAGUAGACAGAACUCCUGACAGUCAGUGUUCUGUCUGGGAGUGUUCAGAGUCAGUGUUCUGUCUGGGAGUGUUCAGAGUCAGUGUUCUGUCUGGGAGUGUUCAGAGUCAGUGUUCUGUCUGGGAGUGUUCAGAGUCAGUGUUCUGUCUGGGAGUGUUCAGAGUCAGUGUUCUGUCUGGGAGUGUUCAGAGUCAGUGUUCUUUCUGUGAGCGUUCCAGUGUUCCACCAUGGUUCUGAACAUUCCAGGUGUGGUUGCCAUGGCAGUGUUCUAUCUGCUGGUCCUGGGGACAGGUUUGUGGGCAGCACGGAGGUCCAGGGCUAUGGAGAAGAAAAGCACGGGAGACAAGACAGAGAUAACCUUACUGGGAGACAGGAAUAUCGGCCUGCUUGUGGGAAUAUUCACCAUGACUGCUACGUGGGUUGGAGGAGGCUUUAUCGUAGGGAUAGCAGAGGUUGUCUAUAACCCUAACCUGGGUCUGGUCUGGGCUUUCAUGCCCCUACAGAGCUCCGUCUCCUUCAUCAUCGGUGGUAUAUUCUUUGCCAAGCCGAUGAGGGAGAAGAAGUAUGUUACUAUGAUGGAUCCCUUCCAGAUCAAGUAUGGGAGAGUAGUGAGUGGAGCUCUGGUGUUCCCUGCCCUUGUAAUGGAUGCACUGUGGGUCGCCUGCACACUCGUCGGACUAGGUGGCACCAUGAGUGUGAUUUUGGACCUGCCCUACUCCUACUCUGUGGGGAUUUCUGCAGUGGUGGCCAUCAUCUACACUCUACUGGGAGGACUCUACUCUGUAGCCUACACCGACGUCAUCCAGCUCAUCCUCAUCUUCUUCAGUCUGUGGCUGUGUGUCCCGUUCCUCAUGGUCAACCCAGUGGUGGGUGACAUCACCCAGACAGCCUUCAACCACACCCACCAGGCCCCCUGGCUGGGACACAUGGAGAAGGGGAAGGUCUUCAAGUGGGUUGAUGACUUCUUAUUGGUGGCGUUGGGUAGCUUGUCUUUCCAGUGUUUCCACCAGAGGACGCUUUCGGCCUCUUCCUCGUUUAACGCCCAGGUCACCUGCUUCGCAGCUGCUGCCAUGGUCCUCAUCCUGGGGAUCCCCUCUGUCCUGGUCGGGGCUGUGGCCGCUUCCACAGACUGGAACCUGACAUCGUACGGGUCUCCGUCUCCGUAUGAGCGCAACGAGACAGGAUUGGUGCUCCCCAUCGCCCUGCAGCACCUGGCUCCGCCCUACGUGUCCGUCAUCGGCAUCGGGGCCAUCGCCGCCGCAGUGAUGUCAUCCGUGGACUCUGGCCUGCUCAGCUCCGCCUCCAUGUUCUCCUCCAACAUCUACAAGAACAUCAUCAGGAAGCAGGCCUCAGACAGGGAGAUACAGUGGGUGAUCCGUGUGUCGGUGGUGGUGGUGGGACUGUGUGGGAUGGCCCUCACUCUCCUCCACAACAGUACCUAUGCCCUGUGGAUCCUUGCGUCUGAUCUCGCCUACACCAUCAUCUUCCCUCAGCUCAUCUGCGUCCUCUUCUUCCAGGUCUCCAACGGCUAUGGAGCCGUGGUGGGAUACCUCGUAGGGGGCCUGAUGAGACUCCUCUGUGGGGAGCCCAUCUUCAACCUCGCCCCUGUCCUCCACUUCCCUGGAUGCACCCUGGAGGACGGCGUCUACGUCCAGCACUCCCCCAUCAGGACCAUAUGUAUGCUUCUGGCCCUGGCGGCCAUCUUGGGUUUCUCCUGGCUGGCUCAGCUGAUGUUCAAUAAGGUCUGGUUGCCCGAGAGGUGGGAUGUGUUCCAGGUGAAGUUCCAGACUUUGCCACUUGGUGGUGCCAGGGAGAUGAAAGAGAAGGAGGAGGAUGGUGCAGUCUCUGAGCCAAUGCUUGACACCACAAAGUGUUAAAAUUUUGAUCUACCUACUUACACAGGCCGGUUUCCCAGACACUUCCCUGGACUACAAAGCACUUUGUUUGAUUUUUUUUUGGUGCAUAUUUUUUGUUUAUUGGACACGAUAGAGAAAGGAAAGAUCUAUUGAACAUCCAAAUCAUUCUAAUGAAGGCUAUUUAAAAUCGAUUGUGUAGCUCAAUUAAGUUACUUAUAUGAUUUGAACAUAAAAUGUGAAAAAGGCUGUAA